AAGACUGUUAUGAACCAAGUCCAAGAGUUACAGAUUAUACUUCAUGACAUCCAUGCUGAGGGUAUGGUACUCAGCGAGACGUUUCAAGUGGCAGCCAUGAUUGAGAAAUUACCUCCUGCUUGGUUGGAUUUUAAGAAUUAUCUUAAACACAAGCGGAAGGAAAUGACGAUUGAGGAACUUGUCGUCCGUCUUCGUAUAGAAGAGGACAACAGGGUGGCCCAAAAAGGCACCAUUUUGCAAGCUUCGGCUAAGGCAAACAUGGUGGAAGUUGGGGAGUCCUCAAAGGGCAAGAAAGGCAAGGUUAAAAACAACAACAAAGGGAAAGCAAAGGUUAACAACCUUGGACCGAAAAAGGGGGCUGAAGCGGCUAUGAUUGAAGAAGUAAACGCAAUGGGUGAAAACCCAAAAGGAUGGUUCGUUGACACGGGUGCAACCCGCCAUGUUUGUGGAGACAAGGCUCUUUUCUCUACAUUCAAGGAAGCUUCGGGUGAAGAAAAGCUUUAUAUGGGAAAUAAAGCUACCGCAAGCAUCAAGGGGGAAGGCACGGUCGUCUUGAAGAUGACUUCGGGCAAGGAGCUUACCUUGACAAAUGUGCUUUAUGUCCCAGAGAUACGGAAGAAUCUUGUGUCGGGAUGGAUGCUCAACAAGUUUGGAUUUCGUCUAGUGUUUGAAUCGGACAAUUUUGUCUUGUCUAGACGUGGAAUGUUUGUUGGAAAGGGCUAUGCCCUUAAUGGUAUGUUUAAAAUGAAUGUAAUGGUUGUAAACCAAAACAAAAGUUUGAAUGAAACUUCUUCUUCUACUUACAUGGUUGAGUCUUCUAAUGUUUGGCAUGGUAGACUAGGACAUGUAAAUUUGAAUUCAUUACGACGUUUAAUUAAAUUAAACUUAAUACCAACAUUCCAUAUCGAUUCCAAUCACAAAUGCGAGACAUGUGUUGAAUCCAAACUUACGAGAUCAUCGUUUAAAUCGGUUGAACGAAUAACCGAACCCCUUAAUUUAAUUUAUAUUGAUGUGUGUGAUUUAAAAGCGGUUCCCACGCGUGGAGGAAAUAAGUACUUCAUCACGUUUAUUGAUGAUUGUACUAAAUAUUGCUAUGUGUAUUUACUUAAGAGUAAAGACGAAGCAAUAGAGAAGUUUAUCUUGUACAAAAAUGAAGUUGAGAAUCAACUUAAAAAGAAGAUAAAAGCUUUGAGAAGCGGUCGAGGAGGUGAAUAUGUAGCACCUUUUGCGGAUUUAUGCGCAAAAAGUGGCAUUGUACAUGAGUGUACACCUUCUUAUUCUCCACAAUCAAAUGGCGUUGCGGAACGAAAGAACCGCACAUUGAAAGAAAUGAUGAACGCCAUGUUGAUAAGCUCGGGAGUGAACCGAGAAAUGUGGGGGGACGCCAUUCUCUCAGCAAAUUAUCUUUUGAACAAGAUACCUUUGAAAAAUAGGGACGAAACUCCAUAUGAGUUAUGGAGAAAAAGGAAGCCUUCGUACAAAUACUUGAAAGUGUGGGGGUGCCUAGCUAAGGUGAUUGUACCACUUCCUAAGGCUCUUAGGAUAGGACCCAAAACUGUUGAUUGCAUUUUCAUUGGAUAUGCACAUCAAAGUAGCGCACAUCGUUUUCUUGUACAUGAGUCCAAGAAUCCCGAUGUACAUAAACACACUAUCAUGGAGGCAAAUCCUAACAUCGUCUCGUAUUUUGAAAAUCUUAGACGAAGUAAACGACAAAGGGUUGAAAAAUCUUUUGGUCCAGACUUCAUGAGCUAUAUGGUUGAGGGUGAGCCCAAUACCAACCGCGAGGCGGUUACCUCCGCGGAAGGACUUCAAUGGCAAGAAGCAAUUAAGAAUGAAAUUGAUUCUAUAUUGCAAAAUCAUACUUGGGAGUUAGUAGAUCUUCCACCUGGUUGCAAACCACUUGGAUAUCGUUGGAUAUUCAAAAGGAAGAUGAAAGCUGACGGAAGUAUUGAUAAAUACAAGGCAAGGUUAGUGAUCAAAGGAUUUAGACAAAAGGAGGUUCACCAAAUGGAUGUAAAGACCGCAUUUCUAAAUGGCGAUUUGGAAGAAGAAAUUUACAUGGAAUAACCUGAGGGUUUUUCCGCCCCAGGUAACGAGGGCAAAGUAUGUAAAUUGGUCAAGUCUUUAUAUGGCUUGAAGCAAGCUCCAAAACAAUGGUACCAAAAGUUUGAUCAUGUCAUGAUUGACAAUGGUUUCAAAAUAAAUGAGUGCGACAAGUGUGUUUAUUUAAAAGACACACCAAGAGGUUAUGUGAUUUUAUGUCUUUAUGUAGAUGAUAUGCUUAUCAUUGGGAGUGAUGAUAACAUGAUCAACUCAACGGAAGACAUGUUGAAAGCGAGGUUUGACAUGAAAGACAUGGGUCUUGCGGAUGUGAUUCUUGGAGUUAAAAUCACUAGAACCCAAAAUGGUCUUGUGUUGAGUCAAUCUCACUACGUGGACAAGAUCCUUGGGAAAUUCAAUUCGGAUGAUACGAGUGUAGCUCGAACUCCAAUUGAUAAUACCCAACGCGUAAGGAAGAAUAGAGGCGAGAGUGUUUCUCAGUUAGAGUACUCAAGGAUCAUUGGUAGUCUCAUGUAUCUAAUGACAUGUACUAGACCCGACUUAGCAUAUGCUGUAAGCAGGCUAAGUAGAUACACCAAUAAUCCAAGCGAGGAUCAUUGGAAAGCUAUCACGAGGGUGCUCAGAUACAUAAGAUACACGAGAGACUAUGGAUUGCAUUAUACCCGUGAUCCAGCAGUGAUCGAAGGAUACACUGACGCGAACUGGAUAUUGGAUAUAAAGGAUCACAGAUCAACAAGUGGUUACGUGUUUACACUUGCUGGCGCAGCUAUAGCUUGGAAGUCUUCCAAGCAAGCGGUUAUAGCUAGAUCCACGAUGGAAUCCGAGUUCGUCACUUUAGAUAAAAGCGGGGAAGAGGCGGAGUGGCUACGUCAAUUUGUGGAAGAUAUUCCAAGAUGGCCAAAGCCGUUGACGGCAAUCUGCAUACAUUGUGACAAUCAGUCUGCUCUUGCCAGAGCACAAAGCAUGAUGUACAAUGGCAGAUCAAGGCACAUUCGACGUAGACACAACACGGUACGACAACUUAUCUCAACGGGUGUGAUUUCAGUUGACUAUGUUAGGUCAAAUGAGAACAUCGCGGACUCGUUAACAAAAGGCUUAAGCACAGAUAAGGUGUAUAGCAACAUCCUUAUCAUCUCCACCAAGGAUGACAUGAAUGGUCAAUAUCUAAAAACGUGGGAUUUUGCCAUUUCAACCAUGAGUUCAGGAGCUCUAUACGUGCUCCCAAAACCCGGUGACCGGCGACCAUCUCCGGCAAUGGCGGCACCGUUCAACGUGAGCAUUGUCGAACACUGCCGCGUAUCUCCGCCACCCGAUUCCACCAUACCUCCUAUCACCCUUCCCCUAACUUUCUUAGACAUUCCAUGGCUUCUCUACCCACCAAACCAAACCCUACUCUUCUUCCCAAAACCACCACCCAAAACCACCAUCACCACCGUGACCACCCUCCUCAAACAAUCACUCUCUCUCACCCUCCACCACUUCCACCCUCUCGCCGGAAACCUAGUAUCUCCACCUCCUCCGGCAGAACCCCACAUUGUCUACACCGAAGGCGACUCCAUAUCACUCACACUUGCCGAAUCAAACACUUCCAUCAACCAUCUCUCCGGCGACCACCCACGACUGAUCACUAAUCUUUACUCACUUCUACCUCAACUCCCAAUCAUCUCCAUGUCACGUGACACCCACGUGCCUCUCCUCGCCAUCCAGAUAACCAUUUUUACCGACUCCGGGUACUCGAUAGGAGUCACCGCACAACACGCGGCAGCCGAUGAACGGACACUUGAUCAGUUCCUCAAGUGUUGGGCUUCAGUUUGUAUAUCUUUGUUGAAGAAAGAAUCUUUGUUUGUGUUCAACUCGACCCCUUGGUUCGACCGGAGAAUAAUUUUGGACCCGAAUUUGCUCAAAACAAGAUUCUUGAAACAACUGUGGAACCGGUUGAAUUCUACUAAAGAUUAUUCUUUUGAACAAACUGAUCAUAACAUUGUUCGUUCAACAUUUCUUCUGACGUCAUCAGACAUGAACAUGAUCAAACAACACAUUUUGGCAAAAUGCAAGAUGAUAAACGAGGAUCCACCGGUUCAUCUAUCACCCUACGGUUUGGAGUACCCGCAAAUUAUUUCGGGAGUUGCAUAG